AUGCCUCCGUGGAGACUUGAAGAGCUGCAACUAGCUGCUUCCGUUCUGGAAUACCCCAUUAGUGAUGAUGAGAUGGGAGAACGAUUCUGGAAUUUCGGUGGAAUUACUAACCGAGGACAUCUCGAAAACCUGCUUACGAAUAGGAUAAACACUACCACGAACCACGAUUUCUUGCAUUACGAGCCCAUUGAUGAUGGAAGGUUAGUAGAAACGAAGCUUGUGUCCGAAAUGGUGUGCAAAAAGCUUUCGGAGCGUCUGCUGGGCGUAAUAGAGGGCAGAAUGAAUGAAGUCAAGGGGUUGCUUGACGGCAUACCCCCCGCUGCUUCGCUUAGAGGGUCGAUGUUUGAAGCCAAAGCGCAUGCAAAGCUUCGCGACGGACUGGAGUUGGAGCACAGCGCGUUGUCUUCUUUGCUACUAAACAAAGGACCGUUCCAUCAGCCGAAGUCAAAAACGAUGGACAACCGUAUACUUUUCUUCCAAAUGACGGUCUCCAAGACCCAUCCCGUGCAUGCUUUUGGAAUCAUUUACGUACUUGACCGACUUGGUUUGUUGGAGCUAGUCAGGACCAAUCCCAAGCAAGCUGCGCUUGUCUUUAUGACAUAA